AAAUAUGCAGCACAAUUCCGACUUCUUCCCAGUUUUGCAGCUCCGGCCAAUUUGGCAGCCACAAAUUGACUUCCAUCAUUUUCUAAUCGGAAUCAACAGAUUGCUUCGCCGGAAAGGCUCGAAUUUCAAUCAAGGUGAUCAGGGCGGAUCCAGCCCUUGCUGGGUAGGGCUCAAGCCCCACCGGGAUUUUUAGGCCCAAAAAAAAAAUUAGGUUUUUUUUUUUUUUGGACUAGUCCUCUCCAGCUCUCCACCGCUGAACUCGCCAACUCGAUUGGAGACUUGGAGCUCUCCCGACUCGGCAAACCUGCAAGAGUGCAAGGCUAGAACCAGCAACCCAUCUCCGCCUCCAGUCUGCAACUUCAAAGUUGGGCUAUCCCUAAGGGGCACUAGUUUACAGAAAUGGGCAGCGAGGAGCCAAGAGACCCAUUGCAAGGGGUCGAUUGGAAAGCUGUUGGUAAUGACAUGCAGAGGAAUCCUGGUGAUAAACCAGGAAUAAAGAAGCGGCUUCCCAAGAAGAUUCGGCAGAUUCCAGAGUGCUAUUUUCUUCCUCGAAGAUCCCGGUUGUAUAACUUUACAUUUGUUGGAGCAUGUAUUGCUGGUGGAAUUGGUGCAGGGAUGCUGGUGGAGAUGUGGAUAAACAAGAAAGUUAGAGAGGAUGGAGGCGUAUUAUGGGAGUUUGACAAAUAAAGCCCAGAUAGAGUUGUGAAUGUAUCGGCAUUAGAUUUGAAACUUUAUUAAUGAGGCAUAGGCUGCAAAGACAACUGCAUUUGGUUUCUAAGCUAAUGUUUGGUAUUGGCAUUUUUGUAUAAGCAGAAAUUGUCUCUUUUGUUUCAGCCCUUAUUAUUUAGUGUACAAGAACUGCCACAGAAGUUGUCUUGAUUGUUCUUCAUACCCAUUUUCAUUGUGCAAAGAAAGCAUGUGGAAGAAUAAUAAUGGUGUUGCCUCUUCCACCUCAAUCUCA